AAACGGUGACGAUGCUCGCGAGACAGUCGGAGAACAAAACCUUAACCCUGUUCGAUCAAGUGUACCGGGCGAUGGCGGUGUUGAGCAGACCCUCGAUAAAGGCGCUGUACCAGGCGAUGGUUGAUUACGUGUCGGCGAGCAACACGCCGGACACGUUGCAGCAGCCUCUCACACGCGACAUGCUUCAGGAACGGUUCAUCGAGUUCUUCACCAAACUGUUCCCGAUCGCGUAUCACAAAGCGGUGAAUCCCCACCAGUACGAGCAAGAUUUCACGGAGAAGUUCAAGACCUGCCUGUACGAGACGAUGGACGAGAUACAGCCGUUCGGCGACAUACCGAAACAGGUAGCGAAAUCGGUGAGCAAGAGCUUGGAGGCGACGCGGGUGCUGGUCCAGGCAUUGACACUCGGCAAAACGGUGCUGGAUAGGACGGACAGCGUGCUGUUUUCCGGUACUAGCCCUCAGCAGGAAGCCUGCUACGGUGCGCUGCUCAGGAUGACCUAUUGUCCCAGGUGCCAGAGCAUCGGUCCCUCUGUCAGGCCCUGCAGCGGAUUUUGCACUAACGUCAUGAGAGGUUGCCUGACAGAGCCAGCAUCCGAACUGGACCUCGCAUGGUCUGGUUACGUGGAAACGGUGGAGAGGCUCGUUGUGGCGGUCGACGGUCGUAUGGAUCCGUUGCGCUUGAAUGCCGAGAGGGCUGUCAGACAAUUGGACACCCGCAUUUCGGACGCCAUUAUGCACGCGAUGGAGAACGGGCCGGCGCUCGAGGAGAAGUCAGUGGAUCGAUCAGUUUAAUCGGAACGCGUGUUUUGGUUUUGGAGCGUUUCAAUGGAAUCGAGAAAUAUGCCCCGUGGAUCAUUGCCUCUGAUUCGAAGUGUCAGCCGAUUAUUGACAAUCAAGUAGAAGAAAGA